ACACGACUAGAGGGACCCCGAGGCGCCUGGCAGCCCCCCGUAGUAAACAUUGACAGCUGAUGGACGCAUUCCACGGUCCUCUUCAGCAACACCAACAACACUCAAGUGUGUCUUGAACCAUUCUACAAGUUUAUUUGGCAAUUUUAUGAGUGAAGACCAACAAGGAACUCUUUAAAACCUGCGUCAGGUGCCUGGAGGUGGCUAUGGCAGGGUUCAGCGGGGUUCUUCAGCUCUCUGAUCUCGAUGACUUCAUCGCUCCCUCCCAGGAAUGCAUCAAGCCUGUGAAGGUUGAACAGAAAUCCGGCCGAGGUGUGAUUCGCAUUGAAGAUGACGGCGCAGAUGCUCUUUCAACACCGGUAAAAUAUGAGAAAGCCAAGAUUACACUGAACGACUGCUUGGCAUGCAGUGGUUGUAUUACAUCAGCUGAGGUGGUCUUGAUCAGUCAACAGAGCCAUGAUGAAUUGUAUAGAGUUCUUGCAGAAAACAAUAAGCUUCAAGAAAGUGAGAGACAGAUUGUUGUUGUGUCACUGUCGUUGCAAGCAAUACUCUCCAUUGGUGCAAAGUUCUCUCUAUCGCCAGAUGAAUGUGCACAAAAAUUAACAGGUUAUUUCAAGAAACUGGGUGUCCAGUAUGUCUUCGAUAUAACCUUGGCUCGGAGCCUGAGUCUGCUUGAAGCACAAAAGGAAUUCCUUGCAAGAUACAAGAGAAAAGAAACCGAUUGUAAAGCAUUGCCAAUGCUUGCUUCUGCGUGCCCAGGAUGGAUAUGCUAUGCAGAAAAAACCCAUGGGUCAUAUAUUUUGCCCUAUAUUAGUAAUAGCAGAAGUCCCCAACAGAUGAUGGGGAUGUUAGUAAAGGAAUUAUGGUGUACACAGAAGGGCAUUACUCCAGAUAAGAUUUAUCACGUGACGGUUAUGCCUUGUUUUGAUAAGAAAUUAGAAGCGUCCCGAGAUGAUUUCUACAGUGAGUUGUAUUCUACACGUGAAGUGGACUGUGUUAUAACCUCAGUGGAAGUGGAACAGAUGUUGUCGAGAGAUGAGGUGGAUUUGCCUCGUGUGCCGCCAGUACCACUGGAUGGUGACCUGAGCUCUGGCCCUGUGUUGACCUCCCACCAGGGAUCACCAUCUGGGGGUUAUGCUCACAAUGUUUUUAUCACUGCUGCAAAACAAUUGUUUGGUCAGGACCAGGAUAUGUUACAGUGGAAAACCUUAAGGAAUGCAGACUUCCGCGAGGUGACCUUGGAAGUGAACGGAGAGACUGUAUUACGAUUUGCACUAGCGUAUGGGUUUCGUAACAUCCAGAACCUGGUGCAGAAAUUGAAGAGAGGGAAGAGCCAGUACCAUUACAUUGAGGUGAUGGCUUGCCCUUCAGGAUGUUUGAAUGGUGGAGCACAAAUUCGUCCAGAUAGUGGUACGUCGUCCAAAGAUUUGGUAUCAAAAUUACAAGAAGCUUAUGAAUUACUUCCAACUAUCAACCCCAGUGAAGAUCACAGAGUUCCAUCAAUUUACUCAGAAUGGCUUGGAGGAGAAGACUCACAGAAGGCUCAGAAAUGUUUGCGGGCAAAUUACAACGCCGUGGAGAAGGCUACUAAUGUUUUAGGCAUUAAAUGGUAAUAAAAUACUUGGGUAAUGUACAUGUAAAUAACAAUUACUGCUGUAGAAGCAUAUGUAAUAUUUGCUUAAAACAAUGUGUUUUAAAUAAAUUGUAUAUUCUGUA